AUCCAGGCCAGGACCGGACACAACAGCAGGGCCGUGCCCUUGGCCGCUUCCGCAGGGCAAUACAGGCCUUUCUGACAUCCUGGAGGCGUAGGGGGGCCAGGAUCACACCAGCUGUGGUCGUGGCACAGCCGGACCCCAUGCCGAGUGAGCUCAAACCAGAGCCAGAUGUCGGCAUCGUGUCGACUGAUGGCAGAGCCAACGGUGACAGCGCGGUGACCGAUGAGGUGACAAACUCCAGCACCGCGCUGCCUGAGCUCACCACAGAGGCUGAGGCCAGGGUGGCGCUGGAGCCCCGGCCCAGCUGGGCUGUGGGGCAGGGCGGCCAGUGCUGGGCGCAGGCAGCGCCCGGCCAAGGGGCAGAGCCCCAGCCAACCAUUCCCUCUGUACUCUGCUGCUCUCUGCAGGUGGAAAGCGAGAAGGAAAGAGUGGAGGAGUUCAUGUGGCAGGCCCUGCCGUACGUGGAGAGCCCGCAGGAGCCCCUGAAAGAGAUUGCCCUCAGGUUCAUAGGGAUUGCUGCCAAGUACCUGAGAAAGGGGGAGGAGCAGGAUGAGUUCAUCUCAGAGGUCAUCACUGAGGCCCUUCAAGGCAUGACUACUGACAGCCCUGCCAUCACAAAGCGGGCAGCUGAAACCAUGAGAAUCAUCAGGGAUUUCCAGAAAUGAAAACCAAAAUCAAAA